UUUUAUAUUCGUACACUAUAAUAGUUGAACUGUUCGUACUAAAACGAAGAUGUUCGUACGCCUGGUAACACCGAUUUUGAGUAACAAAACCCGAAAAUCUUCUGAGUGUUCGUUUAUAACUUCAACGUCAGACUAUCGGAUAGAAAGCUGUUAUCAAUCAACAUAUGUUUGUUCUAAAAUUCCAAAUAUCUACGUAUUUUUUAUAUGCUAUAUGUGCAUUGAGAUCACGUGACAUAAUAUGUCGGCUUAGCAGUCCGCUGGUCUAUAAGUCUUGUGCUGACUAUUAGAGUAUACAACAAUGUAUUAAGCGUACCUAUUUACAAUAAAUUUAUGUAUUAACUAUGAUUAACAUGUUGAGUGGAGUUACUAGUUAGACUCAAGAACAACCUAAUACGUUUUAUGUUUAUUCAAUUCAAUUACAAGAUAAAAUUAUUUUAAUAUUAUUUAAAUCUAUGAAUAAAAUUAUUGGAAAUGUUAUAGAAUAUUGUGUAAACAUAUGUCAGUUGUUCAAGAAGAUCAUUGAAAAUCAUUAAUUUUGUCAUCUUAAUUAACACAGUCUGAUUAUUACUUUUGCAUUUAUAGAAGUAUAUAUAAUCAUCAUAAUGGAGGAAGAAGAUGUGAAAUUAAAUGAAAAACAAGUACAAUAUAAAUUGGAAUCAAAAGAAAAUAAGAAAACAUUUAAUUGGGCUGAGUUUUUAGCUUGUGUAUCAGUAGCCAGUACUAAUUUACAUACAGGAUUUGCUUUGGGAUAUUCUGCUAUAAUAAUACCACAACUUGAAAAAUUCACGGAUGAAUUGGGUGAAUUAAGCAAGUCUGAAAUUUCAUGGAUUGCUAGCAGUAUUUCAAUUGCAGCUCCAUUCGGAUGUCUUUUUAUAACUUUUGCGUUGGACAAAUUUGGUCGUAUAGCCACUUUUAAAUUAUCUCUUUGGCCAUGUUUUAUUGGCUGGAUGUUGAUAGCAUUAGCUUUUAAUACAAAUAUUAUUAUUGUAGGCCGAUUAUUGACUGGAUUUGCCAUGGCUGUAGGAACAAAUUCAGCAAAUGUUUACAUGGCAGAAAUUUCCAGCCCAAAACUUCGCGGGUCUAUGAUGUCUAUAGGUUCUGUGAUGUUAUCUUUUGGAAUAUUAUUAAUGUACUGUACGGGUAUAUAUCUACAUUGGCGUGUUGUUGCCUGGAUAGCAUUUAUUGGAGCUAUUCUGCCUGUUUUCAUGACUGCAUUUUGGACACCUGAAAGUCCUCUUUGGCUAAUUUAUAAAGAACGAGAUGAUAUGGCUCUAAAGUCUUUAAAAUAUUUUAAAAAUAUUAAAUAUGGUGCAAAUGUACAAGAAAGUUUUGAUGAAAUUAAAAAAAUUAAAGAAAAAAAUGAUUUAUCAAUUAAUAAAGCCAUUGAAAAUAGAAAUGUAUUUAGACGUAUGGCUUGGCAUUUAUCUCAGCCUACUGUUUUCAAACCAUUAAUAAUUUUGUCCAUAUUAUUUAUUUUACAACAAUUCACUGGAAUUUAUACAUUUCAGUUUCAUGCAAUUAAUAUGUUAAAGGAAGUUGUGAAAGGAGUUAAUUUGAAAUUUGCCACUUUUCUGUUUGGUUUAUUAAGAUUCAUUUUAAGUUUUGUAGCAACAGGAAUGUUACACACCUAUGGUAGACGGCCAUUAUGUAUGAUUAGUGGCAUCAUUAUGGCUAUCACUUUGUUGAUUUCUGGAUUGUGUUUUCAUUUAAAAGCUAUUGGUAACGAAAAUAUUCUAACAACAUGGAUACCAUUAUUAUGUAUGUUACUUUAUAUUUCAGCUGGCUCUGUUGGCUUAAUGUUAAUUCCAUGGAUAUUACCUAGUGAAAUGUUCCCAACCAAAGUUAAAGGAUUGUUUAUUGGACCAAUUAUGGGUUGGAGUAAUUUUGUUAUGUUUUUAGCAGUACACUUUUAUGGAGAUCUUAAAGAUUUAUUGGAUGGUAUGCUAGGCAUUUUAUGGUUUUAUAGUUUGAUAUCUAUAUUGUCAGUAUUGUUUGUAUGGAUGUUUAUUCCUGAGACCCACAUAAUGAAAUUAUCCGAAAUAGAAGAUUAUUUUAAAGAUAAUACUAUAUACUUCCUAAGAAAAAAGAAUCCUAAAAAAUCCCAACCAUUGUCUAUAUGA